AUGUCAUCAAACAGACUUAACGUAUCAUGCGCUUGCGACUUUUGUAAAAUUCGAAAGAUCAAAUGUGCCAUAUCCACUACGUCAAAUACGAAAUGCACCCAAUGCAUAAAACGUAAUAUAGAAUGUACUUUCUAUAAAGGUGUAGGGAAAAAACGCGGCCCAAAGCAAAAAAAUCCAAAAAAUAAAAAGCGUGAAAAAACCCAAAAUAAUCCGAUUCAUGACAACCCUAUGAUACCUGUAGAUCCACCUAAGGGAAUUUGCUAUGAUGAUGAAAUCUUUUGUAGUUUAUCCAUAGAAGAAAUAAGAAACUUCAGCAACGCAGACCUCAGCCUCAGUAUACCAUUAAAUCCGCCUAGAGAAAUUUACAAUAUGAAUGAAAUCCUUUGUGGCCUAUCCACAGAAGAAUACUUCAGCAAUGCAAACCCAGUUAUGCCUAUAGAUCUGUCCAAAGAAAUUUACAAUGAAGAUGAAAUUUUCCGUGGCUUAUCUGCGGAAGAUAUAGAAUACUUCACCAACACAUAUACAAAAGAGGAAUUAAAGAUACUCGGAUCUUUCAUCCAACAACCCUGCCCAUUUAAGAAUAUUGUGAGUCAUCUGUGUCAUGAAGGUUGUUUUGUGCGAUAUAAUAAUUUAAACUAA